AUGCAGCUGUGUCAACAAGAGUACUGGUUAUUAAGUAAUAAUAAUUAUUUAAUAAACUUAAGAGCUGCUGCUAAUGACCAUCUUGGGAGCUCAUUUGUGGAGAGUUUUAAAGAUCCAGAUAGCUCUUACGGUGGAUAUGAUUAUACUUUUGUUGAUGGUGACCCACCAGGCAACUACAUCUGUCUCAUAUGUACUUUAGUGUCACGUGAUCCUCAUCAAGUCUCCUACUGCUAUAACAUCUACUGUAAGAGUUGUCUGGAUAAGCACAGGAAGAAAUCCUCAAUGAAUGGAACAUUCAGCUGUCCUGCUUGUCGUAAGCUACUGGAUUCAAGAAGCUACUUUAAAGAUGGAAGGAUGGAGCGUGAGAUAAAGGCCCUUAAAGUUCAAUGCAUUAUUGAGGAGUUUGACUGGAAAGGAACUCUUGGUGAUAUUGAAGCACAUGUCAUGGGCUGUCCUUAUCGAAUGGUCGACUGCUCUCUGGGAUGUGGGGAAAAGAUUUGUUGUAGGGAAAUGGAAACUCACCUCAGAGAUUGUCCAAAGCGUAUAGUCAGUUGUCCGUAUUGUAAGAAAGAAGGUCCUCAUGACAUCAUAACAAGCAGUGCUCAUCUUGACAGGUGUUAUUCCUGCCCAGUCAAAUGCUGCAAUGAAGGUUGUGAAUUUAUUGAAGAACGCUUUUGGUUCAAACAUCAUGAAAAACGUCCUAAAGCUAUUGUUUACU